ACUUAUUCGAGGAGAGGAAUGUAGCGUUCCACUGACAGAGCAGCAAGAAUGCAGGAGAAAUAAUUAAAACUUUUCCAAGGAAAAGGUACAGCUGAGCGUGAGGGAGAACGUCGUCGAACCGAACAAUGAGCACUGACAGGAUUUUCUGCCGUGAUGAGUAUAUCCACACAUCACCUUGACACUACAAAGUGAAGGAGUGUUUGAAUAACGUACAAUGCUAGAAAGUGGAGCAGGGAUCCCAUAAGGAGGUCAUUCAUUCACUGUGCUUUCUUAACUGAAACUCUCCGCAGAACAAUGACGCGUUCUCCAGCCUCCUAUAAGACGUGGCCAGCCUCACUUUUUCUGGCUCUAACACAAUGAGCCAGACCAGGGACUUCGUUUCUCCUUUGGUCUCCUUUUGGACAAACUCUGAAGUCCAUUUAUUGUCUUAUUUGACAAAAAUGAUUUUCAGCGUUGCUCAUGGUUGUUUUUUGUGGUUAUGCGUGGAAACAUCUGUGCACAAUGUACACACAUCUCUUUAUUGUCUGCUUGGUUUUAUGACUAAUAUCCUCUGCUGACUCUGUUGGUAUUCAGGCGUAACCAAGUAUAUCUCUGGUAUGUGCGAUACAUCUUUUUGUUUUUGUUCUUCUUCUUUUUUUUUGGUUUUGAGGUUUUGGUUAUAUACAUUUCCUUGGCAUUCCGAGGGUUUCACACAAAUGUGUUUACAGUUGUACACAAAAGAACUUCUAUAGAUGAGUUCAGACAUGUGAGUCAGCUGCUUCCUAAAACUUUGACAGUAUAAUGCUGUCACACAAUUACAAGUGUGUGCACUUGUGCAGUCACAUUAUCUGAACACAGCAUAACUGAAAUCAUGAUCACUAUGCUGUUUAAUGAAAGAUUUGGACUUAAAUAGUAAGAGUCGUGCAGGCGGGUGUAUAAGAUAAGAUAAGAUGACCUUUAUUAGUCCCAAGCAUGGGAAAUUUGUUUUGUCACAGCAGGAAGUGGACAGUGCAAAAGUUCUGAAGCAAAAAUUAGAAUACAAUAAGAAUAAAUACAGUACACAACUGUACAGAAUAGAAUAAAAUAAAAUACUAUAUACGGUAGAAUAAAAUAGAAUAAAAUAUACAAUAGGAUAAAAAUAGAAUACAAAUGCUGUAUACAACUGAGUAAAAAAUAUAACGAUGCCAGAAAGGAUCGUUGUAUGCAGUAUGCAGGUUAAAAUCAGCAAAAGCCUGCACAAAUGAAGAUGAAUGCACCGCUGAAUUUUAAGUAAUGCCAAGCUCACUUUCUCUAUAAAACAGAAUAAAACAGAGGUGAGAUCAGCAGUUCAAAUAUCUGACAGGAAAAAGCACAGAAACAAGAACCAGUGUAUAUCCUGUCUGUUUCAGCAGUACUGCUUUGUGAUCAGAAUAAAAAGGCUCUGAUGAGUUGUAAAUGUUACAGAAAAGGUCAUGGUGAUAGUUGAUAUGUGGAUAUAUUCCUUUAUAUAACCAUGCAUAUUUUUAUACUUUUCCUCCUGAUAUAACUGUAUUUGUAGGCCAAGCUAACUUAAGAAUCUAAUAAAUCUCAGAGUAUUUAUCCAAAUACUAUUUUUCUGAAAGUAGUAUUUAUCUGAAAAUAGGGGCUCAACACAUAUGUCAAACCAAUUCAAAUUUGUCCUCUUAAAUAAAAAAUAAAAAAAUAAAAAGGGCAGACAUUUAAUGCAUUGUAAAAUGACUUUAGUCACAAAUUUUGAUGUUAGUGAAUUUGGUGUUGCCGGUUGUGGACCUCAUUUUUUUUUCACAUGUAAAUACUAAAGUCUUUUGAAGUAGAUCAGUGGCGUUUUCUCAGGAACCACAGCCCCUGACUUUAAGUGGCAGGUCACCACAGACAGUAUCAAACUGCCCCCUACUGGCGUGACACAUCAAUACACAAUUUCUUUAAUAAAGAAAAAAGAAAAGGCGCUCAUGUAAAGCAAUUUAAGGGUGCAAUCUGUCCUUUUUCAUGAAUAUAGCCACCAUCGUAUAACAAUCUGCGCCAACAAAUGUACUCUAAAGUAGAAAGGUGCGCAAAUAAUGUAUAAGACUUCAAGGUUUUUCACAAGGAAAACAUCUGUAGGAGUUCUAUACUUUAAACGCAAAAGUUUUGCACUCAUACAAUCUGCUGUACCCAUAAUAAUGCACUGUAAUAUUGGAACAUCAUGUUAUUGUAUAGCAAGUUUGAUUAAUGUGUGUCAAGUUUUUUGUUUGUUUGUUUUGGGUUUAUAUUCUGUCUUUUGGCUCGCUAAAAACAAAAACCCAUGAAAAAAGCCUGAGAAAGAGCUUUAGAGGAAGUUAUCUCAGACAGUGCAGCAAAGCGAGAGGAAGAGAGCUGAAAUAGGAUUCUCUGUGGUUAGCACUUGUAAUAUCAAGCAGCUGCAUGCUGACAUGGUUAGAUUAACCACUCUGCCACAAUACAACGGCUGCACUACAGAGCCUCUGUGUGAUCUUCCAGAAUGGACGGAGACACAACUACUGUAGACUAUUUCUACAUUUCUGACGGAAACUACAGUUACAAUUUUUCAAUUUAUGAUCUCCAGGAAGAGUGUGAAAAACCCCUUAAUGGCUCAGAGUAUUUUUUGCCUACAAUUUAUUUCCUGAUAUUUUUCACAGGAUUUGUGGGCAACCUCCUUGUGAUCCUAGUGGUGGGAAACAAGAAGAGAGGUGGUCGUCUCGUGGACACCUUUGUUGUCAACUUGGCCCUGGCUGACCUUAUCUUUGUCCUCACGCUGCCACUGUGGGCCAUUUCUGCAAUGCAGAAAAAUUACUGGAACUUUGGGCUAUUUAGCGACUUUCUCUGCAAGAUGAGCAGCUACAUAAUUGCUGUGAACCGCUUCUCCAAUAUCUUCUUCCUUACUUGCAUGAGUGUUGAUCGCUACCUGGCUGUUGUGAAGCUGAUGGAUUCAAGGUACCUCAGGAGUAGUUUGUGCAUUCGUGCCACUUGUCUUGCAGUGUGGGCAAGCUCCCUGGUGCUUGGCAUCCCAUCUCUGGUGUACCGGAAAGUAGACGAAGAUGAAAAUAUCUGUACAGAGGAUCAAAGUUCACUUUUUUUUCUUGGAAUGAGCCUGGUCAUGGCCUUACUCACCUUUAUCUUCCCGGUGUUUAUCAUUGUCCUCUGCUAUGGCACCAUCAUCAUACACCUCAACAAGCACUGCGCUGCUGCGGGAAAUCCUCGAGCUGAAGCGCGCCGCAAGCACUCCCUGAAGAUGGUCCUCUGCAUCAUAGCGGCCUUUGUGGUGUCCUGGCUCCCCUACAAUGUUUUUAAAUCCAUCACAGUUAUUUUACGUCUCACAGGCGUUAAAGCCAGCUGUCAAGUUCACUCACAACUUAAAAACGGGCUCAUCAUCUCCUGCUGCCUGGCAUUCCUCAACAGCUGCGUGAACCCAGCCAUUUACUUUUUCUUGGACCAUCACUUCAGACGACGCGCCGAGAUGAUGUACAAAACCUGCUUGGGAAAGCCAAAGAUGCUGCAGAGCUUCAACUCUUCAGCUUCAUUCACCAACGGCUACACUUCAGACAGCAAUGGAACAACUGGUGGGAGAAGUCAAAUUCAAAUGGUUUAGUAGGAGGAAGAUUGUUCUCGUGAACUCUGGAGGUGUUAAAGUAAUAAUGUUACUGCCACCCUUAAGAUCAAUUUAACAUCUCGUUUGUACAUCAUUAUAUGUUUUGGGUUUUGAUUUUGUUAGUACUAUACUGGCCUUUUAUUGCAUUGUAACAUAUUAAGCAUGCACAUGUUACUUGGAAAAGUGUGAUAUGGAUUUUUCUUAAAUUGCAGUUUUCCCAUGAUAUCUGCUUUGUAUGAAAUUUAUUGAUAUUGUAAAUAUUUAGCAUUAAUAGACAAUACCCUACAGUUGCAUUAAUUUAGAAAUGUAAAUAACAUUUAACAUUUGUAGCUGAACAGAUAAUUUGUAAAAGUGGAAAAUGAAUAUCAAAAAAUAUUCUGUGUCUUCUGUGUAUAAUUUUUAUCACUAUUAUAAUUGUUUUGUAUAUUUGCAUAAUAUGGUUGCAGUUAAUAAAUGGAAUCUGAUAAAAAUGUUGUGGG